AGAAUAAUCCAUCAGAAGCAAGACAGAUGCUUUUGCAGAAUCCACAGCUUGCCUAUGCUCUUUUACAAGCUCAAGUUGUAAUGAAAAUUAUUGACGCAGCUACUGCAGUUAGUUUACUUCAUCCUGUAAACCAAGUGCCAGCAACACUGAUGCCUGGAGACAAAAAUGUUCCUGUUCAAGUACCAAUUAGUAAUCAGUACAGGGAGCCUCCAGCACCUGUCCAACCACCAAGACAGGAAUUUCAGCCUGUUCCUGCUCCUGUUAUACAUCCAUCCCAGAAUCAAGUAUUUGUAGGCCAAGAUAUAGAUCUGAGAUCCAUUGGUGCUGUGCCAGAUCUGAGAUUAAGGCCAAUGGGUGACCAGGAUAUGAGACAACUGCCAUCUGCUAUUCAAAAUCCCUUACCACCUACUAUUGGAGAAAGUAUUCUUAAACAAGGAGAUAUGAAGGGUGAUAGCUUUGUUCGAGAUCCUAGAGGUCCUCAGGCGUUCGGAGGAGAUCCAAGACAAGCACGCAUAGAUCCACGCCAGAAGACUAUGGUGCCUCCUCCAGCUGCACUACCUAUACCAGCUCCAAAUGCAAGACCCGUAAUGCCUCCUCAGCCUCAAGUUCCUGUGACGAGACCAGCUCCUACGCCUCAACCGGUCCCAACUCCUACUCCUGCAACGGCCAGUCCAAAUGUUGCAAAUGCCGGGGCUUCGGACCAAGAAAAGGCCGCGCUCAUUAUGCAAGUUUUGCAGCUGUCAGAUGAACAGAUCUCUAUGCUUCCACCUGAACAGAGGAAUAGUAUUUUGGUAUUAAAGGAGCAAAUUGCAAAAAGUGCACACACACGUUAAAUUAUUUUGGUGUUUCACUUUAUAAAAGUUUUCAUAACUAUUUUAUAUGUACGGAACAGACUAUACAUAUAAAAAAGAUCUUAAUUCAUACCCGCAUAUAUUAUCUCUCACAUAUUUAAAUCAUGAAUAAAGUUGUGUCCAAUUAUUAUCAUGUCAUUCCCUUCAAUUUGAGUGUUCUGUAACAGAUAUUUCCUUUAAAAUAUGUUUUUUUUUUUUCAGUUUCUUUCGCGGUAAUGAUUAAUAUUCGUAUUGGUGUAGUCUGAUAAAUAAUUUUUUAGGUGUGUUCUAUGUUAUAAAUACAUUUUUUAAGUUAAUAAUGAAUGAAGGUAAUUUUAGAAUUUUUAUAAAGGUAAAUAAAGAUAAAUAUUAAAGCAAUUAAUAAAGAAUAA